CGAUUUGAAUCUGUUGACAUUCACUUUAAUUCUGUUUAACUUUAACUACACUUUCGUUCAACUUUUCAUCGACACACCAUCUCAACAUCCAAUGCCUUGGUUCGCACCAGUUAUCAAAAAGAAUCCAACUUCAAAUCCAACUUCAUCAUCAUCAUCAUCAUACCAAACUAAUCAUCACCAUAUCAAUGAAGAACCUAUUCAAACACCACCACCACCUUCUUCAGUAGCAAGGAAAAUUAAGGAACAAGGAUGGUAUAAUUCAAUCAGACCUAAACCUUCAACUAAUCAGAUCUCAUCACAUCAAACUACUUCAAACUAUAUUCCAACUCCAUCUUCAAUAGCUGUAGCUGAUUCACCUUCUUUAUUACGUCGGAUUCCUUCGACCAAUUUACGUCAAUCUAAUCCAAAUUCAAACCUAACUUUUUUAAAGUCGAAUAAAAAAAACCAACGUUCAAAUCCUAAUUCAUCACGCACAACAACAAAUAGACCAAGAACUGCAAAUAGUCAUCCUAAUAAUCAACAUGAAGAAGAAGAGUUUGGUCAACUUUAUACUCAUUCUCCAAAGUUGAAUUCACUUAAUCAAAAGAAUUUACAACACCAUAAUGAGACGAUUACGAUUCUAAAUCAUACUCCUGAAGUUCAAUCUAAUCAUCAUCAUGAUUCAAAUCAAAUAUCCAAUUCAAUUCGAUCCUUUUCAGCUUCAUCAAGUAAAAUGACCAAUUCACCUAAUUUCUCAAACCCACAUCACUCAACUUUAUUGAAUCAUCAUCUUCAAUCUCGUACAAAUCAAAUACAUGAUAUCGAAGUAGCUACCCAAUCACUUGCGAUCCGAUUACAAGAGCUUGCAACUGCUAAUCAAGAUGGGCUUUUAGAUGAUGAAGAAUAUAGGAUCUUAAGACAAGGUUUGUUUGAUAAGAUGACAGCUAACAAUCAUGAACCUUCUGUGAUUGAUAUUGGACCAGAGCAAGUUGAAAACUUUCCUUUUACAAAUCCAAAUUUAAUCAAUCAUCAACCUCAUUCACAUCAUCCCUCACCUCAAUCUACCUAUUCGGGUUUAAUUCCUACACCCCUUUCACCUACUAAAGAUGCUUCUAGUAUUAGAAGAUCUCUUCGUUCAACCAAUUCAACCACUUCAUUUAUCCAAUCACUUUUCAAGCGACAGCCUCGAUGGAGACGUAGUAAAACCCCUCUAGAUGAUGAAGAUCAGCCAUUGGAAGAAUCAGAUGUUGAAUCAAACUCACCUACGUUACCUAUCGAUGCACCGCCACUUCUUACCAGAGCUUUACAUCAUCGACCUGAAUUACAUCGUCAAGCUUCUGGUUUAACGCAUCCAGCUUCAUGGAGUGGAAGUCAACCAUCUACUGCUGGUUCUCAAUCUUUGGCAAGUUCUAGUGCUCCCUCUGAAACUUCUAGAUCAACUGUCACACGUCCCAAAACUUCAACUCGUACUUCUUCAUCUUAUUCAAAAACAAGUCGGAUGUUAACCGGUACAACAGUGACUACUACAGUUGUUGCUACUACUGAUCAAGAUCAUACUAGUGCCACAGUAAUGCGUCGAGAGAUUUCAGAUUUAGAAUAUGAAAGAGGAAGAGUACUAGAAACGUUUGAUGAAAUGGAACGAGCAGCCAUCGCACGAUGGGGAGGAACAGAACGAACAUUAGAAAAAGGAGAACCUGUGACCCGAGACAGACCCACUUCAUUCUUAGCACCCUUACCAAGUGCAGCAUCGUUAAGAAACGGACCUAAAAACAGAAGACAAAGAGGUAAUACAAUUGUCAAAUCACCAGUUAUUUCAUCUGAUUUUGAAACCAUUGUUGAAUCUGCUGGUUCAACAACUGAAUCUAAUGAAAAUCAUGAAUUGGAAAAAGAGUUGGAAGAAAUUAAAAGGAAAAGAAAAGCGGUUGAAGUUAAAUAUGGUGAUAGAUUAGAAUAUUUAAAUGCUAAAUUAAAAGGUGCUAUGAUUAGAGAAAGAAGUAAAGGUUGAAAGAAAAAGGAAAAAAAUCACAAAAGGUGAAAAAGAACGGUUUUUUUGAAAAUCAGAUGAAUUGGAUUUAUUUUCUUUCUUUUGGAAUCAGAUGAUAAUCUUAAUUUUAAAGGUUUCUUUUUCUGUCUGUCUGUCUGUGUUGUUAUUUGUAAUUUGAUAAUUGAUUGUUUUUGUGUUUUUGUGUGUUUUUUGUUUUUGUUUUGCAUCCAAGGAUUUUCAUUUAGCACCUUUUCUUUUCUCCUUUAAUUCUUUUCUUUUCAUUCAUUUUUUUUUCUAUUAUCAUGAUGAUCUAUUUAAAUAUAUCUUGUUUGAUUAUUCCAACUUUUUUUUUAAUCUACAUUCCUCAUCAUCAUUAUUCACUCCUUUUUUUUUCUCGAGAUUUUCGGAACAUUCAAUCAUUCAUUAUCAUCUUUUCGUCAUCUUUUUCUCUCUCUUUUUUUACUCAAGAUUUGUAGUUUUUUCUUCUUUUGAGUUUCGAUCUUUUUGUAUAUAUAUAUACUUAAAAUCUCAUUUUCUUUUUGAUAUCUAUUUUUUCUCUUAUGGAAUUAAAUACAUAUCAUAUUACAGAAAUCUCGAAGAAAAGCCUUUAUAAC